AUGAAGACCGUCCUCGUUAUUCUUGCCGUCGCCGGCUCUGUACUAUGUGCUCCAAGUGAUCCAAACGUCCUAGUAGACCCGCCAAAUGAAAGGAUUCGUGGCGAUCACAAAGGUUCAGUUGGCUCGGAUGAGAACGACAUCCAGGGUGGACCAAGAAGCUACGGUGACCAUACUGGUCACCCUCAUCACGGCCCACCGCCACCACCGUACCUUGGAAAUGUCAGUGACGAAGCUCGUCAGGAAUACUUCACUAUUGUUUCGAAUAUGAACAAUUCAAUUGGUCAGCAAAAGAAGGAUAUCCUCGCAUGGGCUCAGAAAAAUGGAGUUGAGGCCCAAGUCCAGGAAUUCAACAACAACAUGACUCUUUUGGAAACACAAGUAAAGCAGAACGUAACAAACGUUAUCAAUUCCCUACCAUCGGCUCUACAGCAGGUGCUCUCCAUCGCGGGCAAUGAAACUCUGACUCCUGAGGAAGCGAGAAACGCUAGAAAAGAGCUCAUGACUCAAAAUCCGCAGGUGUACAGCAUUAUAAGACUUGUAAUGGCCAACUUCCAUUCAAGAGCUGCUUUUCAGCGAGAUGGACCACCAAACUUUGCAGCCACGGUCGUCAGAGGACCAGAAGGUGGCAGUCAACCAGGUGUGAUGAUACUGGACGAAGAAGAUGAUGACCUCUAA